GUAAUUGAUGCGUUUCACGGACUGCAUUCCCCACCCUGUUUGAAAGCCGAUCUACUUCGGAAUGCUAACAGGGCACCACAACGAUAAUGACCUCGAUGAACUCGCCAACGAAGAUGAUCUUGAUGAUGAUUAUCUGUCGGAUUCUGAUGCAUUGCUCAUGGCAACUCUCGAAUAUCAAUCUCUCGCAGCAUCUAUCACUGGUGAUGGUUCACGAGGCCGGCCAUACAAUCAGAUUCCUCGGUGCAAGGACUUCUUUGCAUGCUGCUCGCAAAGUCCUGAUCGUGAAUUUCGACAUUAUUUUCGAGUCGGUCGAGACACGUCCGACAGGCUGGUUGCAAAACUAGCAGAUAAUCCAAUUUUUACUUCGACUGGAACCAAACCACAGCGACACGUGAAGUAUCAGCUUGGGUGUUUUCUUUUUCGUCAUCCGGGUGACAGGCGAACUCUGAUGGGCUGAGCCCGCGAACUGAGCCCAAGAAUUGAGCAGCCCUAGUAAAGUAUGCUCGGGUAGACAGUCAUUAUAUAUGAAGAAACGCAAAGGCACAGAAUCGUGAUCCUCCAACAACUGUAUUCGUGGUGUACUAUACGCACAACCCUCGCAGGCGCCUUGCACUUGGUGUUCUGGACUCAUGGUGUUUUGCACUCACAGAUGAUCCCACACUUUUGUUUGA